AGUCCUGGGGUGCCGUCAUAGGCUAGGAACCCCCACCUCCCCCUUUCCUCGCCACUUCUCCCCUCCCCUUCCCUCUUCAUCUCCCCCCCCCCCCCCCCACCACCACCCCCCGCCCAGAUUCCAGUUGCUUUAAAAGUUUAGUCGCUGGGCUGGGCAAGGGGUGCUGACUGUAGCAGAGUCAUGGCUGUCUCAUUUGGGGUGCGGCGGUUGGGGCGGUUGCCAGCGGGGGUGAUGGGGGUAUUGAGGAUUCGUUCAGCUUUAGUGCCUGUCCGGGGCUGGCGGAGAACGGAGUUCCAGGGAAUCCGCCUGCUCAGUUCUACAGACAUUAGGAGCCGUAUUUCACCACCCACUGGCAGCCUCAGCUAUAUUCAGGGGCCCACGAACAUUAAGCUCAUCUCUAAGACAGCGGGGCAGUGCUUAGAUGACAUAUCCCAGAGGUUUCCAGACCGAGAAGCCGUAGUUGACUUACACCAGAACAUCCGGAAGACAUUUGCUCAGUUUAAGGAGGAGGUAGACGUGGCUGCCUUAGGGCUUCUGAGCCUUGGCCUCAACAAGGGGGAUCGGCUUGGCAUGUGGGGCCCUAACUCCUACGAGUGGGUGUUGAUGCAACUGGCCACUGCACAGGCUGGCAUCAUCCUGAUUUCUGUGAACCCUGCCUACCAGUCCCAAGAGCUAAAGUUUGUUCUUGAAAAGGUGGGCUGCAAAGCCCUUGUCUUCCCCACCAAGUUCAAGACACAGAAUUAUUAUAAUAUUCUGAAGGAGAUCUGCCCAGAGCUGGAGACGUGCAGUCCAGGGGCAUUAAGGAGCAAGAAGCUUCCAGACCUGACCACAGUCAUCAUCCUGGAUUCCAAAUUGCCUGGAACUCUACAUGUGAAUGAUGUACUACAGGCUGGGAAAGCUGCCCAGAUGACCCAGCUCAGGGACGUCCAGAGAUCAUUGUCCUGCCAUGACCCCAUCAAUAUCCAGUUCACCUCGGGAACAACGGGAAGCCCUAAGGGAGCCACACUUUCUCACUACAACAUUGUUAACAAUGCCAACCUGAUAGGGGAUCGGCUGAAUCUUCGCAACAAGGAGUCCCGGUUGGUCCUUCCUAGCCCCCUCUACCAUUGCCUGGGCUCUGUGGGGGGCACGAUGGUGUCCAUGCUGUAUGGUGUCACUCUCAUCUUGUCAUCUCCGAGUUUUGAGAGCAAGAGGGCGCUGGAAGCUAUCACUCAGGAGAGGGCCACAAUGAUCUAUGGCACCCCUACGAUGUUUGUUGACAUGCUGAACCAACCUGAUUUUUCCUGCUAUGACUUUUCGACCCUUCGAGGAGGUGUGAUUGCGGGGGCCCCAGUCCUCCCAGAGCUCAUGAGAGCUAUCAUCGAGAAGAUGAACAUGACAGAACUGACGGUUGCUUAUGGGACCACAGAGAACAGUCCUGUGACCUUCAUGAACUUCCAUGAUGACAGCACAGAAAGGAAGACAUUCACGGUGGGCAAGAUUAUGCCCCACACAGAGGCCCAGGUCAUGGACCCACAGACAAAGAAACAGCUAGAGAUGAACAUGCCAGGGGAGCUGUGUAUCCGUGGUUACUGUGUCAUGAUGGGCUACUGGAAUGAUCCUGAGAAGACCAAGGCCACCAUUGAUGAGGACAAGUGGUACUGGACAGGGGACAUUGCAUCAAUAGAUGAAGAGGGCUAUUGCAAGAUUGUGGGCCGUUCUAAGGACAUGAUCAUCCGAGGAGGGGAGAAUAUCUACCCAGCUGAACUGGAAGACUUCUUUCACAAACAUCCUUAUGUUCAGGAAGCCCAGGUGGUUGGAGUGAAAGAUGAGCGGAUGGGGGAGGAAAUCUGUGCUUGCAUCCGUCUCAAGGUUGAGGCAGAAGAACAGAUCACCCCCAAGGAACUACAAGCUUACUGCAAAGGAAAGAUCUCACACUUCAAGAUUCCUCGGUACAUUGUGUUUGUUAAAGAAUACCCCCUCACAGUCUCCGGGAAGAUUCAAAAAUACAAACUUCGAGAGAGGAUGGAAAAGCAUCUGAACCUGUGAAUCAAGGGCCAGGGCGAGGAGGCAUCCUCUCUACAGCCUGCCUGCAUCCCCGCCUCUACCCCACCCUGGCUCCCUACAUAACUCCUCUUUAACAUCACAUAAAGAGGUUCUGUUUUAAAUGGAUCUUUCAGAUGUUUUGAAAAAGAAAUCUAAAAGACAGUAUCUUCUUUUUUUGGAGAGCAGAAAUAUUCAUAGAAUAUCGGAUAAAGUUUCCCUACUACUCUUAGAGGGAAGGUAGGUGGCACAGUGCAUAGAACACUGGUCAUGGAAUCAGGAAUCAGGAAGACUCAUCUUCAUGAGUUCAAAUCUGGCCUCAGACACUUACUAGCUGUGUGACCCUGGGCAAGUCACUUAAUUCUAUUUGCCUCAGUUUCCUCAUCUGUAAAAUGAGCCAGAGAAGGAAAUGACAAACUGCUCCAGUAUCUUUGCCAAGAAAACCCCCCAUGGAGUCACAUGCAGUGUGAAUGAAACAACUGAACAACAACAAACACACUGGUCUCUCAGAAGUCUGGGGAUAGGCUGGAGGGGACAGAAUUGGUUCAGAUGAAUAAGGGUUAGCAGCACCUUUCAUCUAACACUGGCCAAAGAUUGUAAAUUUGAACCUCUUCAGUCCAGAGUCUUCUUUCCAGUCUUAUUAUGCAUUAUACUCUCCCAUGUACAUGGUGAUCUAGUGACAAUGACCUCCUUCCUGUUCUUCUGAGCAAGACACUACAUUUCCCAACUCCGGGCAUUUUCAGGGGCAGUUCCUCAUACCUGGUUUUCCUGGCUUCCUUCAAGUCUCAGCUAAAGUGCCAGAGGUCUUUCCCAGUUGUUUUUCCUAAAUCUUAGUUACUUCCCUAAUUACCUCCAAUUCAUCCUGUCUCUAUCUUGUUUCUACAUACUUGUUUGCAUGUUGUCUUCCCCAUCAGACUGGGAGUUCCUUGGGAGCAGGGACUGUCUUUCAACUUUCUUUCUAUUCUCCGCUGCUUAGCGUGUUCCUGGCACAUGGUAGUCACUUAAUAAACACUAUAAUAAAUGACUGACUGGCUCAGA